CAUUCAAAUUGGACUUGAACUCUUAGUUUGAUUGACACACUUUCAAAUUCCCGAAAGGAGUAUAUAUAUAUGGAAAGAAUUGGAAAUGUUGUGGAUAAGUGAGAGUUAUGGAGAGUAAAGUUGAUAGCAUUGAGCAAGAUGGUGUGGAGAAUAUAUCCUAUCUAACGCAGGUACAAGCUGCACAACUGGAUGAGCUGCUCACAGGUCCUCUUGGGUUUACUGUUCAUCAGCUCAUGGAAUUGGCUGCUCUAAGUGUUGCAACUGCUAUUGCAGAGACUUAUCGAUCAAGUGAACACAAUCGUGUCCUUGUGAUCUGUGGUCCGGGGAACAAUGGCGGUGGGGGUCUUGUGUCUGCUCGCCAUUUACGUAAUUUUGGCUACAACAUAUCCAUUUCUUACCCAAAGCCUCUUUACAACAAUUUGGUCACCCAGCUUGAAUCACUCUCAGUUCCUUUCCUAUCUGUGGAAGAUCUAACUCUGGACAUAUCUGAGAGCUUUGACAUUCUGGUUGAUGCUACCUUUGGCUUUUCCUUCCUCGGUGCCCCGAACCCGCCUUUAGAUGAUCUGAUACAGAGGGUGGUGGCAUUACAAAGUAGUAAUCAGAAGGCAGUAAUUGUGUGUGUGGAUAUUCCAUCUGGAUGGCACAUUGAAGAAGGGGAUCUCAGUGGCAAAGGCCUUAAACCUCACAUGCUGGUAUCCCUGUUUGCACCAAAAUUCUGUGCCAAAACCUUUCAUGGUCCACACCAUUUUCUGGGUGGCAGGUUUAUUCCAGCAGCCAUUUUAGAAAAAUUUCAGCUGCAGUUACCAGAUUAUCCAGGCACUUCACCGUGUGUUCGAAUUGGAAAGGCUUCGACGGGCAUAUCAUCCUUGAAAGACAAGUAUUUUGAACAACAUGUUGAGGCUGAUCCCUUUGAUCAGUUCCAAAAGUGGUUAGAAGAUGCAAUGAGUGCAGGCUUGAAGAGAGCAACUGCUGCUGCUGUGUCAACCGCGACAAAAGAUGGGAAGACGUCAUCAAGAAUGGUGCUGCUGAGAUCAGUAGACAGAGAUGGCUUUGUCUGGAACUCCAAUUAUGAAAGCAGAAAGGGUCAGGAUAUAUCAGAAAACCCUCAUGCGGCACUUCUUUUCUGCUGGAGUGGUUUAAACAGAGAGGCAAGAGUAGAGGGAACAGUGCAGAAAAUUUCUGAACAAGAAUCUGAGCACUACUUCUACAGUCGUCCAAUAGAAAGUCAAAUUGCAGCUUUAGUUAGCAAGCAGAGUACUGUAAUUCCUAAUCGUCAGACUCUCCACAACGAAUACAAAGAUUUGGAGACCAAGUACUAUGAUGGAAUUGUGAUUCCCAAACCAAAAAGCGCCGGAGGAUACAGGCUUAGACCGAAAAUGUUUGAAUUCUUGCAAGGACAAGAAUCUCAGUUGCAUUAUAGGUUGCAAUAUACUGCUCAAGAUAUUGAUGGAAAGAAGGAAUGGAAAAUAGAUCAAUCCACUUGUGACAAGUGUUAAAAUAUUAUUACGUUGUUGUAAUUGUUGAUCAUUUUAUUAGUGGUGCAUCUUUAUUACAUAGAAUUUUAUUUCAAAGAAGGAUUUUGGAGUAAUGCUCGAUAGUCUUGAAAUGCUGUAAAAACUUUCCUAGCCUAAUACAAGACAAUUUUAAAGUUGAAUAUAUCAA